CAGGAGCCGGAGCAGUUCCCCGGCCCCGGAGCCCCGCUGGGCUAGUGGGGCUGCGAGGCCCAGGAACAGGGAUCCUGCUGCCAUGUCUCUCACAGACAGCAUCGACAUCGAUAGCAAAUCCGAGAAGCCCGUGUCCCUGAUCUGGGGGUGCGAGCUGAGCAGCGAGAAGGACUCCUACACCUUCCAGGUGCCGGACGAGUGGCAGUACGAGCAGCAGCUGGCCCUGCGGACGAUCUGCCUGGGGGAGAAGGCCAAGGACGAGUUCCACGUGGUGGAGAUCGUGCCGGCAGAGGACGGCGAGGCCCCCCGCGCCCCGAUCCCGCUCGCCACCCUGAAGCCCUCGGUGCUGCCGAUGGCCACCCUGGUGGGAGUGGAGCUGAUGCCUCCCGUCACCUUCCACUUGAGAGCCGGCUCUGGCCCCGUCUACAUCAGCGGGCAGCACAUCUCCCUAAUGCCAAACCUGUCCUGGGAGGAGGAGGAGGAGGUAGAGGAGGAAGAGUCUGCGGAGGAGUCCCCCGAGAAGCCCCCCAAGGCCCAGGCUGCCAAGAAGGGCAACGUCGCCAAGAAGAGGAGGCUGGAGAAGGAGGAAGAGCCGAACAGCAUCUCCUCCGAGGAUGCCCUUCCCGGCAAGGGGCGAGGAGCAGGCAGGGGGAAGAAGCCAGCAGCAAAGAAGUAGAGCGAGCUCCAGCAGGGCCCGGCAGGGCCGCAUGCAGAAGAGUCUGGAAGUUGCUAUUUUUGUGCUGUCCUUAAAUAAAGGAUCUGUUUUGCACU